AUGAAAGUUCAACAAUAUCUUUAUCACGAAACUGUUUACCCCCAUAAAAAAGUCUUUGGGACGAGUUUAUGUAAUGCAAACAAGCAAGGCUCCAGACUGGAAGCUAAUAAUCAACCUUCAUCGUUUCGCUAUAAUUUUUAUAUUGAGCGAGCAGAAUUUACUGUUGGAGAAUAUGAUGGAAUGGAAAUGAGAAAUGCGAUAUGCCCGGCAUUUCCCUUUCUUCAUCUUCCUUCUCUUUCUGUUAACUUCUAUGACCCUGACCGCUAA